GUCUACAAUGCACUGCGCUUUGCAGUUGGAUGACAUCAUUUACAUACUCUUCCGCCAUGUCAAUAAACUUGAACCCUCUGCGAAAUAUUCAGUACUAGGGGAUGAUGUUGGGCGGAAGACUCUUGCGGCUCUUGCGAGGACAUGCCGAAUAUUCCACGGACCCGCGCUGGAUGUGUUGUGGGGAGAUCUGUACUUUCCUCAUCCUUUGGUAGAAUGCUUACCGCACUCGGGCGAUCAGUGGUAUCUCGAUGAUCAUACGAACAUCCUGAACGCCAGUGAUUGGGAGGUUCUGCAGAAAUAUGUCCCGCGAGUCCUGUCCUUGACAAUAUCCCAAUGUCAUGAAGAGGUGCCCUUUUAUCACAACGUCUUGAUAGCUCUUCGACAGCAGCCCGUUACUCAGCCUCCCCUCCCAAACUUGCAGCGACUUGAUUGUCGCCACCUCAUCCCCGAAGACUACCCUCUCCUCGAUAUUUUCUUUGUACCAUCUAUGACAGAUCUUACUAUCCACAUUUAUCCUGUUGACUUUCCCAAUAUUCCGCUGUCUAUCUCACCUCUUGCCACUUUAUGCCCUCGUUUAACAUCUCUCCGUCUUUUCGGUUACGGCUCGCAUGAGCGCAUCAAGGCCACUGUCUCAGAUGUAAUCAUGGGACUCCCCUAUCUUCAGACGCUUCGUUGCGAUGAACUUAGCCAAGCGGCGAUCACUUUCAUUGCAUGGCACCCAUCGUUGACCGAACUGGACCUUACUAUCCCUAGUGGUCAUCAGUACGAUUUUUCACAGUUCCCGCACCCUACUCUCCCUCGGAUUCCACCUUUUUCUCGGAUCAAGAGCUUUGGGAUGAAUUCCCGCCAUCUGACUGACAUCACUGCAUUUAUUCAGACUGUCCAACCCUCGCCUUCUCAUUUGCGUAUCAAUGCGACCAAAGGGUCGUCCCUUCAAGGUUUACAGGAGUUUUUCAGUGCCUUGUCAAAUCAACGGAGAUGUGAAUCUAUGCAGAGUCUUCGAUUCCAGUCCAACAAACUUCCCCCAGCUGCAUCCAUUGAUAUGGAUACCAUCAAACCUUUGCUUCGAUUCUCCAAGUUGCGAGAGCUUCAUCUCUCGAUGGUGAAAUCCUUUCAAUUCUCAGACGAGGAGGUAGCUGUUAUGGGCUCUUCUUGGCCGUGCCUGGAAGACAUCACCCUGAAUGACGGAGAUGGGCCCGGGCGAGUAAGGCCAUCCCCCAUCACUCUGCGCGGCCUCAUCUUACUGGUGAACAAGUGCCCUCGUUUGAGGAGCGCUCACCUAGCGAUCGACGCACGUGUAUUGGAGGGGAUAGAGGAGCGUCCUGCAUCGAUGGUUGGCGCAAACGACCUUCAGCAUCUCGUGCUUGCGGAAACAACUGUCGAAGAUCCUAGAGCUUUUGCUCUCAUCGUCUCCCUAGCUUUUCCAAAAGUGAAGGAGGUAGUAAUACCUAGAUAUUCGUGGUGGCGCAUUCCCUCUGACGAGCCUAGGUGGGGCAAGGUGAAUGAAUACCUCGAGGUGUUUAGAUUGUCCGAGCGGAACAUUGAAAAACCUAGUUUUGUUGAUACCUAAAAGCUGGUUUUCCGUCUCCCGUGUACCAGUGUAUACUAACGUGUUUUAACCAAUGUAGUACAAUUGAUUGCCGCUAUAGGGCUCGUCUGGUAAUACGGUUAUAGAUUUCAGUUUUCGUGACUCG